AUGCCAGGACUCAUCACUGUGCAGACGCUGGACUCAGGAACCACCGAGCAUGGUUCGAUAGAGCGAGCAACCUUUGCCAACAUGCUCCUCCGCAUAGGUCACUGGCGCCGGCCUACUUUCAUCGUUCUCGUGUUGACCAGCUCAUUCCUGGUGACUCUACUUGCCAUCUGGCAUUACCAAUAUCGUCCUGCGGACUCGAUCUCAUCUUUUCUACAUCCGAGCGCAGCACCAAAACUCUCCUCGUCCGAGCACCCGAUACCACCUGUACCCCUCGAAUGCUCGAAGCUGCAAUUCAACCGCCCGCAAGGGGAGAGUCCUGGUCUCGCGGUCGCCCUCUCCCCGGGCGAGCUUCUUUGUCGCCCCGUCGACCCCAACAUGCCUGGCAUACCCAAGCUUUUGCACCAGAGCUGGAAGAACAGCGAGCUUCCGGCCAAGUUUCAAAGAUGGAGCAAGGGCUGCCGUGCCCAGCACGCCGACUGGGAGUGGGUACUUUGGACGGACGACGAUAAUCUUAAACUUGUCCAGACCUACUUCCCUUGGUUGGAGGAGGCCUUCCUUGGGUUGCCGGGCCCUAUCUACCGUGCAGAUUUCGCCAGGAACUUAUACAUGUACAUGUAUGGAGGGGUUUACGUCGAUCUCGACACUGACUGCUUGCGACCGACCGAUGAGGCGCUCGCGCCGUUCCGCAUUCCCGUGGUUGAUGCGACCAAUACGACAUCCAGCGACGAGCCCGUGGACCAUAGAGGCAUAGCGGUCUUUGGACGCCUGGGGUCAGACGAGACAUUUCAGCACAGUAUCCCAAAUGCAUGGAUGGCUUCGUCGCCUCGACACCCGUUCUUCUUGGUGCCAAUGUACACCACUAAGGAAGUAGUUCAGAAGCGGAAAACAAUUCUGCGUCAUCUAGGAGGCAUCCCAUCUGCCGAGCACAUCACUGGACCCAUCGCUCUCAGGGAGAGUAUACUCCGCUGGAAGGCAUCUCUGAGGGACUUGUGGGAUGAAGUUGUGCUCCUCCCACCGCACAUGGUAUACCCCUACAGCUGGAAGAAGCCAGGCGAAUUCGGUGCGAUCUGCUCAGCCAUGUUUGCGACAUUAGAUGAGCCCUUGUGCCAGGAGAAGUUGCGGGUCAAGGAGAAAGGGAGCCUGUCUAUCACAUACUGGAGCAACACACACAAAGGCACCGGGCACAACGAGAACACAAUUGCACAAGUCAGCCAGGAUAAGUAA